AUGUCCUUCUACCCUGUGAAUAUCAUUAACGAACUCUGUUUCCAUUCCGCGUCUGCAUACAUACAUGGGGAUACAGUUGCGACUAGUUUAUUUCACGGACGCAUCCAAUAUCCGGGUGUGAAGUUGGUCCCCAUGGGACAUGAGAAAACAGAAGAGGAAUUGGAGACCAAUCAUGCUCGUACCAACUACGAGUCCGCAUCUAUUUCAACCUUUGAAAAACAGCAGCAGCAUUGA